AUCACGCAGGUAGGAGGUCCCAAAUGGCACACACAGCACGAGUGGAUCGAGCGACUGAACCUGCAGGCCCACUACAAUGCUCAGACCCACAGCGACGAGUUCGUUAUGGAGCUGCUCGUGUCGCUCGACAAGAUGCAGGUUCUCGUCCACGACCUGCUCCUCAUAGAGUGCUGGAAGGAGUUCGUGUACCCCCUGCUGGCGUCACAUCUGGCCGAGCAUGUGGACUCCGUGACCACCUACGUGCUGCUGUACCAUGAAGUGACAGUGGCUGAUCUGUUGCAGGUGGCUCUGUACCACUCCCACGCCGCCAAGUCCCUAUCCGAGGAUUACGCCCUGGAGCUGGCGGAUUGGUGCUACAGGAAAUUGACACGUCUGAACGCGGAGGGCCACAAGCUGGCGGAGCCUAGGGACCGCACCGCGGAGGAGCUGCUGUCUAUGAGCAGAUUGGACGAGCAAGAGGAGAAAAGGCGGGAAAUCGAGUUCAGUAUCACGAUGUGCAGUCUGGCGAUAUUGCGCUACAUCACGGACUCCCUCGCCGGCAUGCCCAUGGGCGCCCUCAGCCGCGUCGUGUCCACCAACGACACCCUCAUGGCCCUCAUACCCCUACUGGACAAGCCCCCUUGGAAGUGGGUGGGUAAUCGCUGGGUGGUGGUGCCACCCGCGGACAGACUGAAGAUCACGCAGACGGAUGGGCAGGUAUGGCUGGCGGUGACCAAUCUGUUGGUGGAGCCCCGAUGCCGUGCAAAGUACGGCAUGGACGAGUUCCGUCGGGAACGGAUUUUGGGUCUCAAACGGCACCUAAACGAGCUCAUGUUUGACCAGGUA